AUGUUCUGCAACACCAGCACGCCAGGUCAUUCCACCUUCCUCCUCACCGGCUUUCCAGGCCUGGAAGCCUCCCACCAUUGGGUAUCCAUUCCUAUCAACCUCAUCUGUGUGGUUUCCAUCCUGGGCAACAGCAUCAUCCUGUUCCUGAUCCGCACAGACCCAGCCUUACACGAACCCAUGUACAUCUUCCUGUCCAUGCUAGCGGCCUCUGAUCUGGGCCUCUGCGCCUCCACCUUCCCCACCAUGGUGCGGCUCUUCUGGCUGGGUAUUCGGGAGCUGCCCUUCGAUCUCUGUGCAGCACAGAUGUUUUUCAUCCACGCCUUCACCUAUGUGGAAUCUGGUGUGCUACUGGCCAUGGCCUUUGAUCGCUUCAUUGCCAUCCGGGAUCCUCUGCACUAUGCCACAAUCCUUCCCCACUCGGCAGUGGCCAAAGUCGGGGCUGCCAUUUUGUUAAGGGCCAUCCUGCUCAACCUCCCCGGACCCAUCCUUCUAGGACGCCUGCUCUUUCCCCAGGUCAGUGUCCUCUCCCACUGCUACUGCCUGCACUGUGACCUCGUGGGGCUGGCUUGCUCAGACACUCGGAUUAACAGCUCGGUUGGCCUGGUCUCCAUCCUCCUCUCACUGGGCCUCGACUCCUCCCUCAUCCUGCUGUCCUAUGCUCUGAUUCUGCGGACUGUGCUGAGCAUUGCAUCGCCCGGGGAACGGCUCAAGGCGCUCAACACGUGUGUCUCACACCUCUGCAUUGUUCUCAUCUUCUAUUUACCCAAGUUGGGGCUGUCUGUGCUGCACCGAGUGGAGAAACACAGCUACCCAGCUCUGGCAGUGCUCAUGGCCAACCUGCACUUCCUGGUGCCGCCCUUCAUGAACCCUGUCGUGUAUUGCAUCAAGUCGAAGCAGAUCCGCCAGGGCUUCUUAAAGCGCUUCCAGCAGAAGAGGGUUGACGUAUCCUAGGACAGCGGACCCAGUGGUACAUGACUUCAGUGGGCCACUAUGAAUCUUGGGGUGGGUGAGGUGGAGUGAAUGGGUUAACUUUUGAGGCCUUCAAAUGCCUUAACUGCUGCACACUUUGUGGGGCCUUCCUGGCGUCUAUAUUAUAGACUUCAGCCACUGAGCAUAUCAGAUGCUAUCCUGAUAAUCACUUUCCAUGUCCUAUUAAACCAGAGUUGACUAUCCUAGACUCAUACAUGCUGCAGCAUCGUACCCA